AUGUAUGAUUCCUUGCUCUCCAGUCCCACUCCUGCUUUACCAAAUGCCUGGUCCCCUCCUCCUCUGGACUGGGUUAAGCUCAAUUGCGAUGUGAAAGUGGGUUUGGAGAGUAUGUGUAUUGCUGUUGUGGCUAGAGAUCAUUUGGGCAGAGUGAUUAGAGUUCAUACAGCUCGGGAGGAGUUCUCGGAUGCUCUGUGUGGUGAAGUCGCGGCUUGCUGCUUGGCUGUGUCAAUUGCUUUGGAUUCCGGCUACAAGUUUGUUAUUGUGGAGAAUGAUUCGAGAGUGGUUAUCGACGCCAUCAAUGGGAAGGGAUCUCGUUGGGCUUUAGAGAACUAUAUCUCAUUUUGUACUAAAUCUUCUCCUUUAUUUAAUAGUUGUAAUUUCUCUUAUGUCAGUAGAACAUGUAAUUUUGCCGCUCAUAAUGUGGCUAGAUGGGCCUUCUCCCAUCAGAUGUAUGGGUCCCUACCGGUCUCUUCUAUACCGGAAACUCUAUUUUGUAACGACCGUGAGGUCUAA